AUGAGCUACCACCAAGGCCAGCCCAAGCUGGGGGCUACUUUUGUGCCAGGAGGCUUCGAUGACUACUAUAUGCCGGCUCCUUCGCCUGAAGUCAUCUCGCCUGCGCCUCAGCGGAUCAUGCCCGAAGUGCCCGAGAACAUGCAGGAAAACAUCGCGCAUCUGGAGUUGGAAGCCAACGGCCCUCGUGGUACCAACGGCGCCAUGUCCCCCAUGCAGAGCUACAAUCAGUCACAGCACCCCAACUUCCCGCCGCGGCAGGCGAGCUACCAGAACGAGCUGCCCGUCCACAACGACCAAUGGCCCGCCCGGCAAGCGAGCAUCUCCUCUGCCUUCCGCCAGCCCCCCAACGUGCAGCCCCAGUCGGUCCAGCAGCAGCCGUCGCACGACUACAACCAGUUCGCCCAGAGCCACGACUCGCCCAACUUCUCGCCCUUCCCCAAGCUCCCCAACAAGCCCCCGAACGUGCCGCCGUCCGACGAUGAGAAAGAGGCCGUCUUGGAGAAUGCGCGCCUGCCCGUGCUCAACUCCAACGACCCGGAGAUGCAGCUGGCAUGGGCCCAAGACGCGCUGCAGUACGUAGACGCCGCGCAGCUGCACGAGCAGCGCAUUUCAGAGAUCCAGGGCGCGAGGCCGGCAACGCCACAGGUCGAGCACCAGCUGCGGCUCGAUGCCAUGAACGUAGUCACCUUCCUGGCCGACCAGGGCCAUCCAAAGGCGACCUUCAUGCGGGGCAUGUGGCUGGAGUUUGGCAAGUUUGGCAUGCGCGCAGACAAGAAGGAGGCCUUCAGGUGCUACUCCCGCGCGGCUGCAAAGGGAUAUGCGCGGGCAGAAUACCGGAUGGGCAUGCAGUUCGAGCAGUCGAACGAUCCGAUCAAGGCUCUGCAGAACUACAAAGCCGGCGCGGAACAAGGCGACUCGGCCUCCAACUACCGCCUUGGUAUGAUGACGCUACUCGGACAGCACGGACAACCACAGGACUUUGCGAGGGGAGUGCAUCUCAUCAAGCAGGCUGCGGCUACUGCGGAUGAGAAUGCGCCGCAGGGUGCCUACGUGCUGGGCAUGCUGCAGGCGCGAGAGCUGCCUCAGAUCAACGUACCGGAAAUGUUUCUGCCCUACGACGAAAAGGGUGCAAGACAGAACAUCGAGAAAGCUGCCUACCUCGGAUUCGCAAAGGCUCAGCUGAAAAUGGGUUCUGCGUACGAGCUUUGCAGUCUAGGCUGUGAGUUCAAUCCUACCCUUUCGCUGCACUACAACGCGCUCGCAUCUAGGCAGGGUGAGCCUGAGGCAGAUAUGGCUAUCAGCAAGUGGUUCCUCUGCGGACACGAGGGAGAGUUCAACAAGAACGAAGAGUUGGCAUACCAAUACGCACAACGUGCCGCCGCAGCCGGCCUUGCGACUGCCGAGUUCGCCAUGGGGUACUUCCAUGAGAUCGGCAUGAACACACCUGUCAACCUGGACAAAGCGCUCGAAUGGUACGACAAGGCCGAGAAGAACGGCAACAAAGACGCGUCUGCGCGUAUAGAGAGCAUCUCCAAGUUGUCGCGGACACUAUCGAAGAAGGACCAUGAGAACGUUGCCAUCAACAUGAUCAAGUCAAAGCACGGCUCCAUGCGAGGUCAGCGACCGGCGAGACUGCAGAAGUCACACGCUCCCAUGCCGUCGAUCAACGACAUCAGCCCUUCCGAUUACGGUGACAGCUCCCCAGGUGGCCGACUGCCAGCCAGGGGCGAUAGUACAACGCCAUACCCCAUGUCUGACCAGCCUCCAAUGAUCUCAAACGCGCCCAUGGCGGCACCCUAUGAUCGUCCUUCCACAGCAGCGCCAUAUCCUAUGGACAAUGGGCCUCCUCGGCUGAGCCCCCAACGGCCAGGUAUCGCGGGCGGAUUUGCGCCAGAGGUGAGAGCUUCUAGUACUCGACCUGUGUCCUCAGCGUUCAACAUCAAUCCCAACGUCUACCCUCCAAACGAUCCCUACGGCCGCGGCAGCCCGCGCCCAAACCCCGGGCCAGGUUAUGAUAUGGGGCCGAUGCCAAUGCGCCCUCACACGAGCGUAGAUAAUAUGGGCCCAGGGCGUGGCGGCCGUCCUUCAAGUGGUGGCCGUGGCGCGCCGCUGCCACAAGGAGGACCUGCAAGCUACAGACAACCUGGAGGGCCGAGUGCUCAGCGCCCGGAAGCGCAACCCCGUCCAUCAACCACGCAGCCUCCAGAUAUCGGAUACAGUGCACCAGAUGGACGUAACAAGCUGCAGAAACAACAGGGGGCGCCACUUAAGAAAGCGCCCACUCUGCCCGAUAUCGGGUACGUUGCACCUCUCGAGCCUCGCCAGCAUACCCGUCCAUCUACCGUUCAACCGGGCCAAGAGAGUAGAACCUCUUCGAGAAUGGACAGGCCCUCGACUACUACGCCAGGGCAAGGCUCUCGGCCCUCCUCACGGCCGGGCUCAUCAGGACGUCCCAGCGGAUACGACAACAUGCCCAAGCCUAACAGGGUGCAGACGUUGCAACAGCAGCAGCCACCUCCGAAGCCUGCGCCAGUACAAGCGAACAAGCCGGCCACACCUACACCGCCUAAGCCAGCCUCAUCGGCUUCCUCGGCGGCAGGCAAGGGUCCCAAGACAUUUGAUGAAAUGGGCAUAGGGCAGGCACCCAAGGAGGGCGAUUGUAACAAGCGACCCCGUCAAUCUGAAUCCGAGGGCAGCGAUCAGUCUUCGGACGACGAGCGUUCCAAUGCAGCCAGCGGCAGCGAUUCCUCCGAUGACGAAGGCGAACACAUGCGCGAACGAGAAAUACGGGCGACACAACAGGUGCAGAAAGAGCAUCGGGCAACUGCAGACAGGGAAAACGUCGCGACGGAUUCUGGGAUUAUCGAAGAAAUCCAGUGCAUCAACUUCAUGUGCCAUGAACAUUUGACAGUAACCCUGGGGCCUCUGAUCAACUUCAUCAUCGGACAUAACGGCAGCGGAAAGAGCGCCGUGCUCACUGCCCUCACAAUCUGUCUGGGCGGAAAGGCUACCGCCACAAAUCGUGCCCAAAAUCUCAAAAGCCUUAUCAAGGAGGGCAAAGAUCAUGCCUCCGUGACUGUCAAGAUCAAGAACCAAGGGCCACUCGCUUACAAGCCCGCGCAGUACGGCGACUCGAUCAUCGUGGAACGACACUUCAGCAGAUCCGGAACUUCAGGCUUCAAGCUCAAGAACGUGAACAACAAACUCGUCACCAACAAGAAAGCGGAGCUCGAAGACAUCCUAGACGCCUUCUCCAUGCAAAUUGACAACCCGAUGAACGUCCUGACACAGGACAUGGCAAGACAGUUUCUGAACCACUCCACGCCAAAAGACAAGUACAAGUUCUUUCUCCAGGGCACGCAGCUGGAGAACUUGAACAGAGACUAUCAGCAGAUCGAACAAUCUUUGGAAGUCAUGAACACGAAAGCCGAGGUCAAAGAAGUCGACCUCGCGACUCUAAGGCGCGAAAUGGAAGCACUGGAGAAGAAAGCCAGAAAAGCGGCAAGCUUACAGACGAUGCGAGAUAAGGAAACGGAAUUUGCUCGACAAGCAGCAUGGGCCACGGUUCGUGAACACGAAGAUGAUGUUGCGCACAAUGAGAACGGACUCGCAGACACCGAGAGAAUCAUACAAACCUUACAACAACGUGUAGAAGAUGCAGGAAAGGCCUACGAGCUGGCGGAUCAGGCCCACGAAGCCGCCAAACAAAACGUCACCGAUCUCACGACUGAGAUGGAGCCAGCAGAGCAAAAGGCACUUGAUGCUAAAGCAAAGUUCCAGGAAGUCAAGGGAAGACUCGUGGUGCUACUAGCUGAUGAACGGAUUGCACAAGGUGAAGUGAAGGAAAGGGAAAAGAAUGUGCACAAGUUGGAAGCAGAGAUUGCGCAGUACCGACAACGACAGGCUGAAGCAGACAACGGCCGCCACGCAGAAAAGAUUCGAGAACGUGAUGACGCCAAGGUCAAGUACGAGACUGCCAGGUUAGCAUUCGAGGGCCAUGAUACUGGGCUUGCAGCGCUACAAGACCAACUGGCGACAGCUCAAAAGGAGCAGAACGAAGCAGAUCGAAAAGUAGAGGACGCUCAAAAAGAAGUUUCACGUAUACGGGAAUCCAUCGCAAGAAUGCAAAGAGGUCAGAGUAAUUGGGACGAUGGGUAUCAAAAUCGCCAAAGGCUGAGCGAGCUACUCCGCGCGAUCGAGUCCGAGCACAGAUUCCGGGAGAAACCAGUUGGACCCAUGGGCCGUCAUGUGAAGCUGCGCUUGCAGGAUUGGGGUGGAAUUCUUGAAAAGCAAUUUGGUCAAACGCUGAACGCCUUCGUCGUCACUAGCAAGCCAGACCAGAAUAUACUAUCAGCCCUUAUGAAAAGGGUUGGCUGGUGCGCGCCAUCUUUCUGCUUAAUCAACAACGCUAACGAUGUCAGGUCUGCCCCGAUAUACAUUGGCAAGAGGACGCCUAUAAACACCGAUGGCAAUGAGCCCGCAGAAAAUCUUACCACAUGGAUGAAGGCACUUACGUUUGACGACGAUCUUGUUCGAAAUCAGCUCAUCAUCAACCAGUCAAUCGAGCAAACCGUGCUCAUUGAGAACAUGGACGAAGGCGCUCAGUUUAUGUUCAACCGCGGGCCGCCUACUACGAACGUCAAGAUGUGUUUUACCUUUGCGGAUGGCGACACAACCAAAGGUCGUGUCUUCGUCUACAACAGUGGCGGAGGUAUCAACAACAGUCCGAUCGCACCGUAUACCGGAGCUCUGCGUAUGCAGGUGGACAAAGAUACUCGAAUCCAACUAGAAGAGAAGAAUCUGUCCCAGGCCAGGGGACAACUUGAGACCUUGCAGCAGCAGUCCAGUGAGCGGCAUGAUGAGGUCAACAAAUGCAAGGCUCAGUUACAGGACCACGAACGCCAGAAGAAACAUCUGAGACUUGCUUCCCAAACUGCUUCCAAGGAAUUGGAAAGACUUGAGUUCGAACUGGAGAAAGCAACUCCCGACGAAGCAGCUAUCCAAGUGCGGGAGUCAGAGCUUGCGGAAGCUCAAGAAGAGUUGAAGAACGUCAUGAAUGUCUACGAAGAUGCGGUGACGCAAAGGAUCGGACUCAACGACGAGAAUAGGGCGAACAAGCAGGAGAUGGAAGCUGCACAGAAGCUUGUUGCUGAUCUCCGGUCCCGGCUCGACAAGGCGCACGUGACAGUUCGAACUCUUCAGGGCACACGACAAGAAGAGCUCCAGAAAAAGAACGAAGCCAUCGAGCAGGUUGCCGAAGCUGAAAAAGUAAAGAAGAACUGGCAAGAAGAGCUCUUGGAGUCGCAACAAAGCCUCGCCGAAGUAACUGAGGGUGCGACGAGCAUAUGUGAGCGUGUGUUUGUCCCCCCUAAUUCAACUUCCGAUGACCUACAGCGGAGAAUGGUUCAAAUGGCGAAAACCAGGGAAGAGGCUGAACGGGAGCUCGGUGGAUCACAGCUGGACCUUACGCGGGCGGCAACUGAAGCGAAGCAGAAGCACCACGAUGCAAUGAAGGAGUUUGAAGACAUCAGAAGUCUACGCAACCAACUCAUCACUACGCUUGACAACCGACGCAACCGGUGGAAGCAAUUCAGAUCUGGCAUCUCUGUUCGGGCGCGAGUCACGUUCAACUAUCUGUUGAGCGAGCGCAAGUUCAGAGGUACACUGAGCAUCGACCACAAGAAGGCUCUUCUUGACAUUCAUGUUCAACCGGAUAUCAUGGAGCGAAGCGGAGACGGCAGACAGACAAAGACCCUCUCGGGAGGUGAGAAGUCGUACUCUACCGUGUGUCUUCUCCUCUCCCUGUGGGAUGCAAUGGGCUCGCCUAUCCGCUGUCUCGACGAAUUCGACGUCUUCAUGGACAGCGUCAACCGCGAAAGGAGUAUGCAUAUGAUCAUCCAGGCUGCUCGACGCUCGAUUGGGCGACAGUUCAUCUUCAUCACUCCACAGUCGAUGAGUAACGUCACGCAAACGUCCGAUGUCAAGAUCAUCAAAAUGACGGACCCAGAGCGCGGACAGACAGCAUUGAAUGUGCAGCGGACUUGA